AUGAGAAUCAACAUUGAGGACAAUGUUGAGCUGAUUGGAAGAGUGAUAGUGGAUGCUACAAUGGGUAGCACACACUAUCUACUACACAUUGCGCGCGAACGAGACUGGGAAUACUUCAUACGACAAACAUUGCCAAAUGGAGAGUUACAUGUGUACGUUCAGAUAGAAGAUAUUUAUAGUGGCGGAUUCGGAGUAAACGAUGUCGAUCCACCAGAGGAACUUCCAUCUUCGUCAACAAUGGUGGAAAGUUCAUCAGAAAGUGAUGACACUUAUCAACCUAAUGAGUCUAUACCAUCCGAGAGUUCAGGAAGUACGGAGGACGAAGACAUACAGGAGAAAACAUGGUAUGCCAGACACAAAUGCAUUGAAAUGCAGUACGGGAAUUACCAACACUCGUACAAUGAGUUACCCCAAUUCUGCCGGCAGUUGCAACUCUCCAAUCCUGGAACCAUUGUGGAAAUCAUGUGCACACUGAACGUAGAAAGGGGUACAGGGUACGCGAAUUUCUUGUAUGCAUUUUGGGCGUUCAAGCCCGCAAUUGAUGGCUUCUGCUACUACAUCCCUGUUAUUUGUGUUGACGGUACCCACUUGUACAACCAAUACAAAGGCCAUCUCCUACUAGCCUGCGGAUAUACCGCCAACAAGGAAAUCUAUCCACUGGCAUAUUCAAUCGUUGACUCCGAAAAUAAUGCCAGUUGGACUUGGUUUCUUCGACUUCUGGCCGAACAUGUCUUUCCACAUCACAAUUCAAUGUGCAUCAUUUCGGAUAGACACGCUGGAAUCGAUGCGGCGUUCAAUUCCGUGCAACAAUUGAAGGGAGGCUGUGUCAAAUGCCGGUUUUGCCUUCGUCACAUUCGCAGCAAUGUCAUGACAAGGGUGACCAGAAAUAGGCGGUUACGAAAAUUAGUAUGGGAAGUUGGUACUGCUGUAACGAGGAAUCAAUUCCUUCAACACAUGCAGGCAAUCCAAAUUAAAUGGCCGGCUGCAUACGCCUAUCUUGCCGACAUUGAUGUAGAUAAGUGGACAUUAUCUCACGACGAUGGUAACCGGUGUACUGCGGGAGAUGGGAUGCAGCAACACGGACUGCUUUUCACGACAAAGAUUACCGAUGAUUUGUCAGCUCGAAACAAUGAAGCAUGUGGUGCAAGCAUUCAAAGUUUCAAUGACGCCCUCGGAAUCUAUGGUGUUGCCCUAAGUACUGGUUAUGUCUCUCAAAGUCAACAAAAUCACUUUCAAGUUAACCUGACGGAACGUACGUGUAACUGUGGAUUGUAG